AUGGAAUUCUGGGUGGACUGGGAGCUAUGGGAGAAGCUGAGCGUGGUACUAGCCAUGCUGAUCGGCCUGGUGCUCCUUUAUGCCUUUUGCGUCCUCGGCUGGAAUCGCUGGAUGAUGAGCAAAUACGCCGCGGCAGAGGCGAAAGAACGAGAGGAAGAAGCUGAGGUGUACCCAAUGCUGCACAAGGAUGACAUCCCGUUCGGCGCCAGAGCUUUGGAAAGAGGAAUAGAAGUUGAAGGAAUCUGGGUCUCAGAUCCUAACACGCCCACACAAAGCCCAUGCCAACCUGCAACUCCAGUUGAUAGUCGGCCGGUCACUCCAGCGCCAAGGGUGCUGCAAAGGACUGUUGACACCCCCAUGUCCUCAACGGGAUCUCAGAGACCCAUGAUCAGCCCACAGCCUAUCCCACCGGCUGCCCGACGUGCAGUCGUUUCCGAGCUCGAUCUAGCCUCCGCAGGCUUCACCUAUGAGAAUCAACGACCCGGUGCACUCUAUAGUCGAGCCAGUCUACCCACGCCGAAUGCCAUUCGCAUAUCGCCUGCACGAGAGGAGUCUCUGAUCGGCAUGAAUGACACAACAACCAAAAAGCGUGCUAGCCUCCCUAUGAGAAUAUUCGGUGCAACAUCUCAUCCCGACACAAAGAACUACCAAGUAGGAUUGGAUGGUGCCGAUGAAGAAAAAGACUAUGUCCCCGUUUUGAGUUCGUCCUCUUCUGGUCUUUCGUCGGAGACCAAGCGGAGCUCACAAUCUAUGAAACGUCCUCGCCGGCGGUCAUCCGAAGAGUUCCGACGCAGAAUGAGCCAGAUAUUCAACGACAAUAUCCAAACGGGACCGCCAUCCGAGCAACUGGAGUUCAAUCCGGCUCUGCGCCAGUAUCAGAGACGAUUUCGGAGGUCAUUGCUUCGUCCUUUCCGUCCGUGGGUUAACUCUUCCGGAGCUCAGCAGUAG